GGUGGGGAUCGGUCGGUGAUAGCGUCACGCAGUGCCAUCUCCUCGAAUGCAGCGGGUUGUGGAGGAUCAGGAUUUGUGUGCCUUGCCUGGUCAGCUGAUGGAGGCACGUUGGCCGGUCUCUCUGAUCGGCUUUGCAGCUGGCGUCUCAUCACCCGACCAAACACCAGUUGUGCGGUCGGUGGUAGUGGUGGAGGUUUCCACCAAGUGUUGGAUCGCUCGCGUGUGAUCCGCGUCUUCGAUACCACUGACCGUCGCAACCGCCUUUUCGUAUCCUGCGCCUCACCAGGCAGUCCUUACCUCCCUUCCACUCUCAUUGUCCUCGAGGUGCACUCCGGCAUAUGCUUUGUCUUUGACCCUAUUGAAAUGAUUGCUCCCCCCACCUCCAACACUAUCGGUGAUGGUGGUAGUGUCCCAGUAGUUGGCGUGUCAGCGCCGGCAGCGACACUUGCGGCAGCUCCUGUCACCACUAUCCUGUCUGAUGUAACUUCCAUGCUGAACAAAUCGUAG